UGAAUCUGGCAAUUACGGUGAUGAUUUGUUUUGUUUUCAUUGGUUUCGGCAGCUGAGGCUGGUUGUUGUCGCUUUUAAGUGUAGUUUUUGAUGAAAGUUGAGAAUGUCAAAAUCGUAUAUGAAUAGUUGAUUUGCUACAUACUUGUUUUAUUCUAAAUUCGCAGUUUUAAACAAUUAUUUAAUUUUUUUCUCUUUUUUUUUGUGAAUAAUUUAGGGUGAUCAUGCGAUGAUAGAGGGGCGUACCUUAACUUGUAAUUUUUUGAUACCCUCGUCUUAACAGUUACAACUAAUGUAUUCAUGAUCUAUUGUUCUAUAAAUUUAUUACUUGAUCAUGGCUAGUGCUCGCCACAACUGUUUGAUUGUCUUAAGUGGUUGCAAAGAAGGCAACUCUGCCCAAUCUUUUAUACAGUCGUUUACUUUGGUCCACACUAAUUUCACUGUACAGAUAGCAACACCAGGUGGCAAACCCUUAGAAUUUUCUAAACACGAUGACCAAAGUAGAAGAUGGCUAAAUGAAUUUAGAAUGAAAUCUUUAGCAAUACCUCUCAGUUUACAAACUAUUGAUCCUCACAGAUAUUCUUGUUUAUUAAUACCGCAUUCUCCGGGUGCAGCUUUUGAUCUGUGUAACGAUGAGGAUCUUGCUCAAAUUCUAAAAAACUUUAUCCAAGAAAAAAAGCCAAUUUGUGCCAUUGGAAUGGGUGUUGCAGCACUAUUCCCUGCAAUUGAAGAAGAAUUCUGGUUAUUUUCAAAGUACAGUCUAACUUCUUUAUCUGUAUUUGAGCUUGCUAAAAAUGUAGAUUUUGACAGCAUAUCUGUCAUUCCAGAAGAUGUGAUAAAAGAUAGGCUUGGUACAUAUAGUUGUAGUGAACCUGAUGAAAUGCACGUCGUUAUCGACAGGCAUGUAAUUACCGGUCAAAACGAACAGUCAACAAUCACGGCUGUCCAGAACUUAAUACUUCUUCACAACCAGAAAUACACUAAAAAAGAAAAAUCUCCACAUUGAAAUUAUGUUGUAUUCAAAAACGUCUAUUUUUUAAGUAAACUUGUUUAAUUUCUUUAAAAUAGUUCUCUAGUCUUUUUUAUACUGUUUAUAUAUGAAUGCGCCAAAUACAUUUGUAGCUAUAAGAUUAUUGAUGUAAUAUAUUUAUUGCUUGUA